AGCUAAACUUGAUAAUUAAAGUUGUCUCUGGGAAGUGUAAGAUGUUUGAGUAAUGGCAUCACAUUAUGCCUCGGCCCAUGAAAGCAUAUACAGAGAUCUCUACCAACCAGCUGUUAUCAUUGGAGCCUGCUUUGCAGCUGUGGCGCUGGUCCUCUCCAUUUUUCUCAUCUUUCAACAUCUCAGAUUAUACACCAAACCCACUGAACAAAAAUGGGUGGUUGCUGUAGUUUUCAUGGUACCUGUGUAUGCUACUGAGUCAAUUUUAUCCUUGUGGAAUCCAAAACUUUCUCUUGCAUGUGACAUUCUAAGAAAUUGUUAUGAAGCAUUUGCCUUGUAUUCUUUUGGAAGCUACUUGGUUGCUUGUCUGGGAGGUGAAAGAAGAGUUGUAGAGCUACUUGAAAAUCAAUCUGGAAAACUGCUCAACAAACCGUUGGUAGAAGGAACAGAUGAGAAUCACACCGAACCACAUUGGUCUCUUCGUAACUUCUUCUUACGACCAUGUAUUCUUGGGAAACAUUUGCUCAAUAUAGAAAAAUUUGGUCUUGUACAAUAUGUAAGUCACUAUGUUUUUCCCUUCUGUAAAUCCACUAUAAUUUUUUUUGGCUCUAAUAUGUGCCGGGUAGUCCAGAUGAUUCUGAAGACAGUUUGUGCAUUCUUAGCAUUAGUGUUGGAGAUCUUUGGUGUUUAUGGAAAUGGGAAAUUCAAGUGGUAUUAUGGUUAUCCAUACAUGGCAGUAGUAUUGAACUUCAGCCAGAUGUGGGCAUUGUAUUGCCUUGUGCAGUUCUAUAAUGUAACUCAUGAAAGGCUUCAACCAAUAAGACCACUUGCAAAGUUCAUCAGCUUUAAGGCUAUUGUUUUUGCCACUUGGUGGCAAGGUGUGGGCAUCGCGCUAUUGUGUGCGUUUGGUGUUCUUCCCAAGGAGGAGAGACUACAAACAGGCUUGCAGGAUUUCUUGAUAUGUAUCGAAAUGGCAAUUGCAGCUGUUGCACAUAUGUUUGUCUUUUCAACAGCACCAUACCAUUACAUUUGGGCUUACGAGUAUGGGAAGGUCACCACAGAAACAACCAAGACUAAACUGAAGUUGGAGGAAAGUGACACCCCAACUGUUUUUGAAAGAAAAGAAACUCAGGUCAAAGCUCCCGGAACAAGUGUCACCGAGAGCGUUCAGGACAUUGUUGUUGAUGGUGGUCAGCGUGUGGUCAAGGAUGUUGUCUUGACCAUAAAUCAAGCAAUAGGGCCUGUGGAAAAGGGUGUGGAAAAGGGUGUGACAAAGAUCCAUGAGACAUUCCACCAAAGAACAGAGGGCUCAGAAUCAGGAGACCAAGAAGUUGAUGAACAAGUUGAAAUGAAUCUUACCAGAGAGACUCAUUUGGAUCCUUAAGAAAACACAGUACUCUUUCUGCUUGAAUUGAAGGAAAAUGUACACUUUAUUAAACUUGUGUCGCAAAUAAUGAUUUAAGUAAGAGAAACCAAUUGCAGACUCGAAUGUUUUGCCUGGAGAAUGAGAAUCUAUGACAAUCUUUAUGCAAUCAGACCAUAGGGGAGAAUAAGUUAGGGGUAGUCCCCCCGC